UGAUUAGACAUUAAAAAUAAAAACAUUAGAAUAACCCCAACUUAUUUCCGUCCCACAUAAAGAACAUAGAAGGAAAAGAAAAAUCAUUUUUAUUGGCUUUCAGCAGAGGGAUCUCUUCAUAGUUCAUCACCUCUUCCUCUUCCUGCCCCUCUGUUUUCCUCUGGUUCUUCUCAUCAUCAUCAUCUUCAUACAAUCAGCAAAUCAUGGCUCUAACAUGUUUGCGAUCUCCGCCUCGAGCCAUGUUACCUAGAUCAGGUCCGGUCGUUAAGCCAAUCAGCAGGGCCUCGCUCCGACAAAGUCAACUCCUUCCCCCUCUGAGAAGAGCAAGAAGCUCCCUUCCUCGGAUCAGAUCUUCGUUUGACAAUCAGGUUUUCGAGGACGGUCCUGAGGGAAUAAUCUGUUACAGUGAUGAAAACGGGGAGAUCAUCUGCGAAGGGUACGAUGAAGGGCCUCGGCUCCGCCCGAAGAUCUCCCGGACCCCUUGCCCUCCAUGUUUCAGGGAUGCGGGGAUCAUCGAUAUGCUGCAGCAGAACUGGAUUCAGAUUGUGAAAGGGAGUGAAGUGUAUCAAGGCUUGGCUGUACAGGAAGAGGGCUUCAAAUGGCUUCAAUAAUUUCCGCUAAAAAAAAGAGGGUAUAAAGUGAUAGUGGAACUGUAAAUUCACUUCUAUUUUCUUUUUGUGCUUUAAUUUUAUUUUAGGACAUUUUAAACGAAAAAGGCAUAAGCCAUUGCCACUUGAAUCUUCCAUAAUGUGAAUAGGGAUCAAACUCUUUUACUUCUCACUUUUCUUAGUACACUUGCUAUCCUA